AUGGGCGCUAGUGUUGUAACUCAAGAGUACACAUUUUCGCAAAACCAAUGUCGAUCGAUCGGAAUUGGAUUUAAGACGCACAAAGCAAUGGCUAAACCUAUAGAUAUAGAUAAACCAAAAUGGGACCAGAGUACAUACGCGGGCCGUGCCAAACAUUUUUUACUUCUCACCAAUCCGAUAAACUGCUUAGCUAGUGAUGAGGACUUGGAUAUGGCUAAAAGGGCUCUUGACGAAUACAGGAAAACAAAAGCAAUGCCGCAUGGUUACAAUGAGGAUAAAUUAUGGGCAGCUAAAUACUUGUACGACAGUGCAUUUCAUCCCGACACAGGCGAGAAGAUGCUUAGAGUCGGUCGUAUGUCUGCACAGGUGCCUAUGAAUACACUGAUCACAGGGUGUAUGAUCACUUUCUAUAAAACAAGACCAGCCAUCAUCUUUUGGCAAUGGUUCAAUCAGACGUUUAACGCCAUGGUUAAUUACACUAAUCGCUCAGGAGACGCAGUUAUCACUACGAAGCAGUUGUUGGCAUCCUAUUGCGCAGCCUGUAGUGGUGCUCUAACUACAGCUUUGUACCUAAACAGUAAAGUUAAGGGCAUGAAUCCAGUGUUCGCGCGGUUGGUACCCUUCGCAGCUGUGUGCGGCGCUAACUUCAUCAAUAUCCCUAUGAUGAGGAGCACUGAGCUAAUAAACGGCACGCCUGUAUUUGCACCAGAGGGUCAGAGAGUCGGUGACUCUAAGAUCGCUGCACGCACAGGGAUUUUUCUCGUAUGCAUAUCUCGAGUGGCGAUGGCACUUCCUGGAAUGACUUUUGUCCCGAUUAUAACGAACACGGCAGUACAAAAAGGUUUAUUCUGCCACUACCCACUGGCCGUAAUACCAUUUCAAUUAGCUCUUGUAUGUUUUUGUGCCGCCUUCGCCACACCACUCGGAUGCGCUUUUUUCGAACAGAAAGCUAAUUUGAGUAUUGAUGCUGUAGAAAAAGAAAUAAGGGAAGUUGCAAUUAAAGUAUCACCAAAGGCAAAAACAGUUUAUUACAACAAAGGUUUGUGA